ACCAAGUGGUUCCCAUCUAUUUGUUUCCGUCUCCAUUAAGACUUCCCCAGGUCGAACCUGUAUCUCUCUCUCAACUUUCUCACUCUCAACUCUCUCUCCCUCUCUGCUAAAUUCAACUCAACCAUGACAAAUUGCUGUGUGAUCUUCUGCGAAAUCUUGAUCGCAAUCUUGCUCCCUCCUGUCGGCGUCUGCAUCAGGCAUGGCUGCUGCAGCGUUGAGUUCUUCAUAUGCUUGGUAUUGACGAUCUUAGGUUACAUUCCUGGAAUAGUUUACGCUCUCUAUGCGAUCCUCUGCGUCGAUCGCGAUAUGACUCGCGGC